CAACGUUGCCAUGUUAACUUUAAAUUAAUUUAUACAUUAUCUAUGAAUUUAUGUAUAUUUUAUUAUGCGUUUUGUCCAAAGGCAUUGUUAUGAAUUUAUUUUUUAUAAUAACAAAGGAUAUUUCAUAUGAAUUUAUGUUUAUUAAACUUUAUCUACACACUACAGUAGUUUAAACGUCACCAAAUAAAAACAAUCGGCCGGUAAAAUAGUGACCAUGUUAACUGUCAAAUAGUGAAGUGUGAUUCGUGAAAACCAUUUUUUAGUAAUUUAGCCGGUUAAAUUGUCGUGCUCUGACAGAAAAAUGAAUUUAUUAUACUUGUUUGGUGUGUUCGUACUGUUAGCCAGUGCAAAAUCGCACGAAGAAGAUGUGCACACGAUACAAUACACAACGGAAAAUUUUUCAGAUGAGGUUUCCAAGAAGAAUCACUUUGUCAUGUUUUAUGCACCCUGGUGCGGCCACUGCAAGCGGCUGCAGCCCACGUGGGAGCAGCUGGCCGAGAUGCUGAACGAAGAUGACGGCAACAUCGCGAUCGCCAAGGUCGACUGCACCGUCGACAACAAGGUGUGCUCCGAGCAGGACGUCACCGGAUAUCCGACGCUCAAAUUUUUCAAGCUCGGCGACGGCAACGGCGUCAAGUUUAGGGGCACCAGGGACCUGCCCUCUCUCACCACCUUCAUCAACGAGCAACUGAGAGAGGGAGAUGACGGAGAAUCUGAACUAAGUUCCGCUCCACAAGCAAUGCAUGGACUUUUAGAGUUAUCUGCCGAUAAUUUUGACGAGCAUGUCGGUAAAGGAAAACAUUUCGUCAAGUUUUACGCCCCCUGGUGUGGACAUUGUCAAAACCUCGCUCCUGUAUGGGAAUCACUUGCCAAAUCGAUGGAAUUUGAAGAAGAUGUUACCAUUGCCAAAGUUGACUGUACUCAAAAUAGAGAAAUAUGUAACAGAUACGAAGUGAAAGGUUAUCCCACUUUGUUGUGGAUUGAAGAUGGCAAAAAGUUGGACAAGUACCAAGGGCAGAGGAGCCACGAGAACCUGAAGGCGUACGUGAACGAGAAGAUGGGCGGAAGCGGAAGCGCGGAAAAAACCGAGGAGGAAACCGAGGAAGUCGAUCGGCAGCAGGAGGUCGAGGAGGCGGUGGAAAAUUUGACGGGCGAAACGUUCGAGGACGGCAUCAAGUCGGUCACGGCGUUCGUCAAAUUUUACGCGCCGUGGUGCGGGCACUGCAAACGAUUGGCGCCCACGUGGGCGGAGCUGGGCGCCAAGUUCGCCGGCCAAGACGACGUCAGGAUCGUCAAGAUCGACUGCACCUUGGAGGUGAACAAAGAUUUGUGCAAUAAUCAAGAGGUUGAAGGUUUUCCGACAAUUUUCCUCUACCAAAACGGUAAAAAAAUUAGCGAAUACAGUGGAACGAGAACGUUAGAAGACUUGCACGAUUUCGUGAAAAAACAUGUGGGAGGUCACGAUGAACUGUAAUUCACUUCACAUCACAAACUUUUUUAUUUUUUUAUUCAUCAUAUAAAAUAGAUACCAAUUAUUGUGUGCUGUGCGUUUGUUAUCUAGUUUAGUCAAAUUCCAUACCUGUGUUAAUUGAAAUAAUAAAUUAAAACUUUACUAA